AUGGACAAUGUAAAGGAAAUCGUUAUUAAACGUAUAGAAGAUGCAGUUUCAUCGCUAAACAAACUAGGUGUGUUUGUAGGUUGCGAAAUUUCGACUCUCAAACUUGGCGACGAUGGCUUUGUAGACAUACCAAACGGAGAUGACGUAUUCGACUACGUCGCUGUGGUACUCGCAAAGUACGUGAUCUCGCUUUGCAAAAAUGUAGACUUUCUGGAGGAAGACGAUGUAUCCCAGGAGCUUGAGGAAUCAAUAGAAAGCCAGAAACUUGUGGAGUCUGACUGUCUAGAAGUCUUAUCACAAGUAAUUUCGGAUGCUAUGAAGCGGAAAAACAUCAAUUUCCCCUCGUAUCAGUAUCAUGAUGUCUCAAUCGAUAUAGAUAGCACGUUUUUUGCAGUAAGACCUUAUAUGUUUGCUGUAAAUUUCUUGAGUGACCACUCAGUUUCUGGACGAGGAGAUAAAAUUAAAAUUAACUUUAUGGAGCAUGGACAUCUUAUAAUCCGAAAACUGGCAGAAAUAUCUCUUGACAUCGCACCACUCAUGAGAGAAUCGCACAUAUCAUACAUUUCUGGUUAUCUCUCAUCACACGGAACCCCCAAAAAGCUCAGACUAGAACAUCUAAGCUGCUCAAGACCAUGGGUGAUAUACUGGGCACUUCACUCACUACUUAUUCUUGGAGCAGACAUAAAAGUAUAUAGACAAAGGGCGAUAAACACGAUUAUGAGUUGCUGGGAUGAAGUUGACGGUGGGUUCGGAGGAGGUCCAGAUCAAAAGGGGCAUUUAGCUACUACGUAUGCGGCUCUUUGCUGCCUUAAAAUGUUAGAUUCGCUGGAUGAGUGCGAUAGAGAUAAAAUGUAUAAUUUUUUGCUCCUGUUAAAGAAUGAAAAUGGAAGCUUUAGGAUGCACAUUGGAGGCGAAAUUGAUACUAGAAGCAUUUACUGCGCAGUAUCAUCUGCCUCCAUUUUGGAAAUUUUGACUCCAAAACUGGUGGAAAACACCGCAGAGUACAUUUCAAAAUGUCAAACUUAUGAAGGAGGUAUAGCCUCUGAACCAAACUUGGAGGCCCAUGCAGGCUACACAUAUUGUGGACUUGCCGCCCUCGCUUUGCUUGGGAAUAUGGAUAUUAUUGAUACCAAAAUGGCAUACAGAUGGUGCAUUAACAGAGUCACACCACAGUUUGGAUUCCAAGGCAGACCUCACAAGCUUGUAGAUUCAUGCUACUCUUUUUGGGUAGGAGCGUCGCUUGAAAUUUUGAAUCUACAUAUGCUAGAAUGUAACGAAGCAGAUUCCAGAAAAUUGGAACAAUUAGAGAUUGUAAAGUUGUUGUUGGCGAUAUAUAUAAUGACCGUUUCGCAAACUGGAAAGGGCUUUAGGGACAAACCAAGAAAGACUCCUGACUUAUAUCACACAUGCUACGCUCUUUCCUAUCUGAAUAUUAUCAAGGGAUAUAUUAAUGUGGAUGAUGCCAAGCCUAUAAACUCGUAUGUGAAACACAAUCUACUCUUAAAUCUGCUUGUAUAG